AUGCCCGCAUCAUUGCUUGGUUUGAGGAUUUUAACGCCGACCUUCUAUUCGAGGAAUGCCCCUUUGCGAGAGAGUGGAACCACAAGCGCAAGUUCUAUUCCACAAUUAACGCAUUCAAAUUAUGCUGAAAUUUCUAUUGUGACCUCAGGGCUCGAGCUGGAGGCACAAUUUUGGAAGCACAUUGAUUUCUUUCCAAGACAUUAUAGUAUGCAACGCUCGGAUGCUACUGAGCUACGCGCACACUUAGAAUGGUUUCUAGCAGAGGGGUUGAUUCUUGAACAAUCAACUGCGGCGUCGUUGUUUUGGAGCACAGACCAAACGGAGAAAGUGAUCGCUCGCCUUAUCAGCUUUGAGAACCUUCUGAACUCCGAUACAUCCUUGAAGGAACAAGGAGUCGCAUACUGUGGAAGGAUAUGGAAUAUCUUACGCCAUCACCAGUUUCUCAACUACUAUGGUUUUCCAGAAGCUCGUCUGAUGCGGACCCAUUCAAUUGAAGGAAGCAAAAGAAAGCGAAAUAUCCAUUUUUUAUCUUGGCUAUCGACGGCUGCUAUGUUUGGUGUCCCGGUGAUGGUAUUGGAGCAUGUUGAAAAGCUUCACGUUGACGGUAUUGUCAAUCUGCUUGAUAUCAAGAAAUUCCUUGACCAUUUCAACGACGAUAACAUAAGGCACAGCACUCUGGCGGGCGUUAUCAUGGCAGUAGAUGCUAGCAUACUUGCUAUUCCGAAUAUUGGUUCCCAAGUCACAACAAGAACGCUGUGCUCUCUUUCACUUAUCCUUAGCGUCAACUGCAUUUUUGCAGGCGUUGUGGCACAACACUUUGGGCAAAAGAUGAAGUCUCUUCAAUUUGCUUCUCAUAACUUGCAAUACCACUUUACGAAGGUUGCUAUCAUCUAUAGCGCUCCUAGUUUGUUGCGAACAACGAGCGUAGCAUUAUCUACUCUUGGUCUUUUGGCUGGUAUUUUCACAGUGCCAGAUCGGUCUUUGAUAACAACCAUACCAUGCACGAUCACCAUAGUUAUUAUCGGAGGAUUUUUGACUUGGUCUUCAGUUUCAAUUUCUCGUCAACAUCUAAUGCACGGGGUAAGAACAGCGUCUUGAUUUCGCUAGACAUCAUCGUAGUCAAUAUAUUUCAGAAAAACUUCG